GAAUGCAUUCUCCAUCCUUCUGAGAUCCCUGUCCUUGAGAGGUCUUCUCCCAACCUGCCUCCUGGAACUGUGACUGCAGAGAGACCCAACAUGGUGUUCCUGGGACCCCUGGCUGCCACCUUGUUGCCACCCAGCCUCACACUUCUGGUUCUCCACCUCACCAGCUCACAGGAUGUCGACAGUGAGCAGCAGCUGUGCACCCUGAGGGAACACCCCACCGUGGCCUUUGCAGACCUGAAGCCGUGGGUCUCUAACUUCACCUAUCCUGGAGCCCGAGAUUUCUCCCAGCUUGCUCUUGAUCCCUCCAGGAACCAGCUCAUCGUGGGAGCCAGGAACUACCUCUUCAGACUCAGCCUGGCCAAUGUCUCCCUACUUCAGGCCACAGAGUGGUCCUCCAACGAGGACACGCGCCGCUCCUGCCAAAGCAAAGGGAAGACCGAGGAGGAGUGUCAGAACUACGUGAGAGUCCUGAUUGUCGCCGGCCGGAAGGUGUUCCUGUGUGGGACCAAUGCCUUCUCCCCAGUGUGUUCAAGCAGACAGGUGGGGAACCUCAGCCGGACUAUGGAGAAGAUCAACGGCGUGGCCCGCUGCCCGUACGACCCACGCCACAACUCCACGGCUGUCAUCUCCUCCCAGGGGGAGCUCUACGCGGCCACCGUCAUCGACUUCUCAGGGCGGGACCCCGCCAUCUACCGCAGCCUGGGCCGUGGGCCGCCACUGCGCACUGCUCAGUAUAACUCCAAGUGGCUCAAUGAACCAAACUUCGUGGCAGCGUAUGACAUUGGGCUGUUUGCCUACUUCUUCCUGCGGGAGAACGCGGUGGAGCAUGACUGUGGGCGCACUGUGUAUUCUCGGGUGGCCCGCGUGUGCAAGAACGACGUGGGAGGCCGUUUCCUGCUGGAGGACACGUGGACCACGUUCAUGAAAGCCCGGCUCAACUGCUCGCGCCCGGGCGAGGUCCCCUUCUACUACAACGAGCUGCAGAGUGCCUUCCACCUGCCCGAGCAGGACCUCAUCUACGGGGUCUUCACCACCAACGUAAAUAGCAUCGCAGCUUCUGCUGUCUGCGCCUUCAACCUCAGUGCCAUCUCCCGGGCUUUCAAUGGCCCGUUUCGCUACCAGGAGAACCCCAGGGCUGCCUGGCUCCCCAUCGCCAACCCCACCCCCAAUUUCCAGUGCGGCACUCUGCCUGAGGUGGGCCCCAAUGAGAACCUGACGGAGCGCAGCCUGCAAGAUGCUCAACGCUUGUUCCUGAUGAGUGAGGCCGUGCAGCCGGUGACCCCCGAGCCCUGUGUCACCCAGGACAGCGUGCGCUUCUCACACCUCGUGGUGGACCUGGUGCAGGCCAAGGACACGCUCUACCACGUGCUGUAUAUUGGUACCGGACAUGUGGAUGCUGCAGGUGAUCCUGGAGUGUUCCUGGAUGUUCCUGUCCCUGUGCUUGUGUUUGAAGGCCGGGCCCACGUGCACCAGGCAUGUCUGGGAGCACGGGACCCGUACUGCGGCUGGGACGGGAAGCAGCAGCGUUGCAGCACGCUUGAGGAGAGCUCCAACAUGAGCCUCUGGACUCAGAACAUCACAGCAUGCCCUGUGCGGAAUGUGACUCGGGAUGGGGGCUUUGGUCCAUGGUCACCAUGGCAGCCAUGUGAGCACUUAGAUGGGGACAACUCAGGUUCUUGCCUAUGUCGGGCCCGAGCCUGUGACUCCCCCCAACCCCGUUGUGGGGGCCAAGACUGUCUGGGACCAGCCAUCCACAUCGCCAACUGUUCCAGGAACGGCGCGUGGACUCCGUGGUCACCGUGGGCCCUGUGCAGCACUUCCUGUGGGAUCGGGUUCCAAGUCCGCCAGCGAAGCUGCAGCAACCCGGCCCCCCGCCAUGGAGGCCGCAUCUGCGUGGGCAAGAGCCGCGAGGAGCGGUUCUGUAAUGAAAAUACGCCUUGCCCGGUGCCCAUCUUCUGGGCCUCUUGGGGUUCGUGGAGCAAGUGCAGCAGCAACUGUGGGGGCGGUGUGCAGUCGCGGCGUCGGACCUGCGAGAACGGCAACUCCUGCCCAGGCUGCGGUGUGGAGUUCAAGACCUGCAAUCCCGACGGCUGCCCAGAAGUGCGGCGCAACACGCCCUGGACACCGUGGCUGCCAGUCAACGUGACUCGGGGCGGGGCGCGCCAGGAGCAGCGCUUCCGCUUCACGUGCCGCGCGCCCCUGUCGGAUCCCCACGGCCUACAGUUUGGCAAGAGGAGGACUGAGACCAGAACCUGUCCAGCAGAUGGCUCCGGGGACUGCGACACCGACGCCCUAGUGGAGGAUCUUCUGCGCAGCGGGAGCAACUCCCCACACACCCUGAGCGGGGGCUGGGCCACGUGGAGCCCGUGGUCGUCCUGCUCCCGGGACUGCGAGCUGGGCUUCCGCAUCCGCAAGAGAACGUGCACGAGCCCAGAGCCCCGCAAUGGGGGCCUGCCCUGCGUGGGCGAUGCCACCGAGUACCAGGACUGCAAUCCCCAGGCUUGUCCAGUGCGGGGCGCCUGGUCCUGCUGGACCCCAUGGUCCCCUUGCUCAGCCUCUUGCGGUGGCGGCCACUAUCAACGCACACGUUCCUGCACCAACCCAGUGCCCUCCCCAGGCGAGGACAUCUGUCUUGGGUUGCACACGGAAGAGGCUCUGUGUGCCACGGAGGCCUGCCCAGAAGGCUGGUCACCGUGGUCUGAGUGGAGUUCAUGCACCGAGGACGGAGCCCAGAGCCGCAGCCGGCACUGUGAGGAGCUGGUCCCGGGCCCCAGCGCCUGCGCUGGAAACAGCAGCCAAAGUCGGCCCUGUCUCUACAGCGAGAUUCCCGUGAUCCUGUCAGCGUCCAGUGUGGAGGAAGCCACUGGCUGUGGAGGGUUCAGUCUCUUCCACCUGGUGGCCACAGGCGUCUCUUGCUUCCUGGGCUCUGGGCUCCUGACCUUGGCCGUGUACCUGUCCUGCCAACACUGCCAGCGCCAGUCCCAAGAGUCCACACUUGUCCAUCCUGCCACGCCCAACCACCUGCACUACAAGGGUGGGGGCACCCCCAAGAAUGAAAAGUACACGCCCAUGGAGUUCAAGACCCUGAACAAGAAUAACCUGAUUCCCGAUGACAGAGCCAACUUCUACCCACUGCAGCAGACCAACGUCUACACGACCACCUACUACCCCAGCCCACUGAAUAAACACAGCUUCCGGCCCGAGGCCUCACCUGGACAACGGUGCUUCCCCAACAGCUGAUACCACUGUUCUGGGGACUUGGGUGCCUUGCCUUCCUAAGGCACAAAGCAGGUGGAGAUGGGACAGUGGACUCAGUUGGGUUUUCUCCUCUGCACUAGGCCAAGAAUUUGCUGCCUUGCCUUGUGGGGGUCCCAUUCGGCUUUAAAGAGCUCUGGCUGGCGGUGACCAUGAGGGAGAGGGCUGGCUUCAGGCUGGCAUUUGGCUGCCCAUUCCAGCUCAGCCCAGGUCUCUCAUGGCCUCCUCAACCCACCAUCAUGCUGACCUCCCCUGCCAUGUCUGGGCUGCGGACCUGCUGGGCCUGUGAGGAAGUGGACGGUGGAGAUGGCAGAGGGCAGGUUCUUAGAUUUGGGUUGGAAACAACAGCUCACGUGGCCCUCAUGAACCAAGUCUACCCCGCUCUGGCUGACCCAGGAAAUGUCUGAGCUCUAGUCUGAUGAUCUCCAAAAGGAACUAAUCCAGUGGUCCCAGUAGUUCGGGAUUCUCUGCCCAGGCCUGGACCAUGGUGCUGCCCUGGUGGAACAUGGGGACCGAGGCUGGUCUGGGCUGUCCACCUCUGCCUGUCUGUCUGUACUUUGCCUAGAGACAUCCUUCUGCCCAGAGGCAGUGUGGCCUGAGGGCUGGACACUGAUGUUUGCUAAGAAGCCCUUUCAUCUGGGCUCGCGCAGGCCGCAGCCUUGCCUCGGAGUGCACGGAAGGUGGUCCAGGAGAAAGGGUGGCGGGACGCUCGCCUCUGUGCCAUCAUGGAGACUGUCUGCCGGUUGCUGCUCGGCAGAGCCGCUGGCAGAGCCUGCUUGGCCCCUCAUCUGUUCAGGAAUACACACGCACACACACAAUCACAGUCUGCUACAGCAACAAAAGGUUGUUAGGCUGUGGCAUUAUUAAUUAAAGAUGAU